AUGCCUAAGCACGAGGAUAUAUUGAAAGCGAGGGUCAAAGAGGUUGAAGACAAGGAAGUUGAAUUAUGUAUUGCUCACAUGAGAUUUCUAUCAAAAUUCUAUAUUACAAUUAUUGAAAACAAACGAGCACAAAUGAAUAUGGCGCACACGCAGUUUUUGGCCAAUAGGAAUGAUUGGAAUGCUCACAAUGAUUGGACAGGAUCAAAGCAGAAGAUCAUCGAGCUGUACAGAUAUUGGUUGCGCGAGCUGAUGAAUGUUACUUUAGUGGAUGAUGUCCGUGCCAUCUGCAUGCAUCAGAUGAUGGCUGCCGACUGUUACUGGUUUCUCGCUAAAAUGCAUCAGCCAGCUUUCCAUCCUGGACAUUCGAACUAUGAAAUGGCCUGUAGGUGCAUGCUGAAGAUACUUCGUGCAUUAAUCGACUUACUUCCCCAUCAAAACAACUUCUUUGUUUACUUGAUUCGGAAAUACUCAUACGUAGUGACGGAUUAUCUCAAGGCAGUCGGAUUGCGGUGA